CCCAGGUAAGCUGCCCAGUAGUUGCAGUUGCAUUGGUCCUUGGCCAACAUUGACAUGGCCGAUUUGGUGAAUAGACUGAGGGGACCCGAGCUGGUCGCUCAGUUUCAGAAACUCUGUGGACUCAGUCUAUUUCCCGAAGAGAAACCAACUCGGCGGCACUUUACAGAAAUUGGCAGACAGGCAGAGCCUGAUUCCACAGACCGGGUCCACACUGCUGCAUGGACAGGGAACCAUACCAACGCUGCAAACAACGGCACAGUCCCGGGGGCUCCGGUUCCUCAGAAGAAAUACAAGAUUGAGAAUUACUUCCUCUAUUACCUCUUUCUGUUUGCUGCCACCUUGGGCCAGGAAGUUUUUUACAUCACCUUCCUUCCCUUUUGCUUCUGGAAUAUUGAUCCAUACGUGGCUCGGAGGGUGAUCAAUAUCUGGGCAGUUGUAAUGUACAUUGGCCAGGCUUCCAAGGAUGUCUUAAGGUGGCCGAGGCCUCCGUCGCCUCCAGUGGUCAAGCUUGAAGUACGGGUGGAUGCAGAAUAUGGGAUGCCCUCCACUCAUGCCAUGGCUGCCACUGCAAUCCCCUUCACUUUCCUUUUGGCUACGAUGAACAGGUACAAGUAUCCUUUUGAGCUGGGACUUCUGCUAGCUUUGGCUAUUUGUACCUUGGUCUCCCUUAGCCGUAUUUACACAGGAAUGCAUACAGUUUUGGAUGUGCUGUGUGGAAUUGCAAUCACUGCAGUAUUGGUGGCUGUUUCCUACCCUUUCUGGGAUGCCCUGGAGAGCUUCCAGAUGAGGAACAGUUUCGCCCCUGUCCUGGCACUGUCGCUGUCAUUCCUGGUGUCUAUUUAUUACCCGGAGUUGGAUCACUGGAGCACGGCCCGGGGAGACACCACCAACAUUGUGAGUGCGGGCGGCGGUGCCGCUUUGGCCACCUGGAUCAAUCACCAGUGGAGCCUCCUUCCAGAACCUUCGUCUGCCCCACCCUAUGACAUUCCCACACUCUCUGCACCAUUGAUCUGCAGGAUGGGUGCCAGAUUCGCCAUCGGAAUCGUUAUUGUGUUCAUCGCUCGGCAGCUGAUAAAGUCAGUCGCCCUGACUCUGGUCUGCAGAUUGGCCGGAGUCUCCCCCAGGGACCGGGAGGCUCGGAAACUUCUGAGGGUCGAGGUACCCUACAAGUACAUCACCUACAGCUGCCUGGGGGUGGUGGGACUCGCUGUGUGCCCAGCAGUACACCACUACUUAGCGCUUUGAAGUUGGUGCAUGUUGGGAGGCAGGUGAGGAGAGUGUAGCACUGGAGGGACCGAAUGUUCCCGCUCCUUGAGUGUGAGGAAUGGGAGUGGUGGGGGAAAUUGGAGCUGGAUCCACUCAGGUCACAGUGUGAACUGUCCAUGGGCAGUCUCAGAAGCCGAUUUACUCUGAUACAACCUCCAGUGAGGGGCGGUUUUACCAGCAGUGGAGUGGGCACCGGAGUCUGAGGUGCCAUUCAAAUUGAGGGGUUUCCUUUAUUCAUUCAUUUGUGUGGCUGGCUAGGCAGCAUUUAUUGCCUAUCCCUAAUUACCCAAAGGGCAGUUAAGAGUCACAUGUUGGCCAGACCAGGUAAGGAUGGCAGUUUCUUUCCCUAAAGGACAUUACUGAACAUUCAUGACAAUCAGCAAUACAUUCAUGGUCAUCAUGAGGUUCUUUAUUCCAGAUAGUUACUGAAUUUAAAUUCCACCAUCUGCCAUAACAGGAUUC